AAAAGAAAAAAGAAGAACCCAAAAGUAACGUCUUCAAGCUUAAAACCCUAAACUCUUAACCCUUAAACCCCUAACCAGCUUGCUGCAUCUCUGCUUCAAUGGCAUCAGCUGACAUGUAUGACGUCGCAUUGAAACCUCGAAUGCUCCAUACACUGCUGAAAGAGGACGUACCAGACGACACAAGUAAAAAACCACUGGGCAACGCAUCAAAGCUAUCAAGAAUCGUCUCCACAGUCCAAACUUUCAGUCUCUUAUCCGAAUCAUUCAGCACUACAGCUGACCCUAAGUUAAUUCAGCAUUGGAAAUCUGCCGUUGAUGAUUGGGUUAAUCGCGUCCUCGCACUCGUCGCCAAUGCCUCUGCUAUGCCAGAUAAAUGUUGGGCAGGAAUCUGUUUGCUCGGGAUUACUUGUCAGGAAUGUAGCGUUGAUCGCUUCUCGGCAUCAUAUUCGGCUUGGUUUGAUAAGCUUUUAUUGCAUAUUCAGUCACCUACAGAUUCUCAAUAUAUCAAGGUGGCUUCUUGUACCUCUUUAUCGGAUCUUAUAACUAGGUUAGCUGGAUUUUCUAAUGCAAAAAAAGAUGGAACUGCUUGUUGUGGAAAACUCAUCCAACCGAUCCUAAAAUUGUUACAAGAUGAUAGUUCAGAAUCUGUGUGGGAAGGAGCGCUUCACCUGUUAUACAUUGUUAUAACUUGCUUUCCAGCUUCUCUUCAUCGCCAUUAUGACAAUGCCGAAGCUGUUAUUGCCUCAAAAAUUUUGUCAGGCAAAUGCAGUGUUAAUGUGCUUAAGAAACUUGCUUAUUGUCUAGCAUUACUUCCUAAAUCAAGAGGAGAUGAAGAUAGCUGGCUUUCAAUGAUGAGGAAAAUUCUAUUGUUGACAAAUGGUUACCUGACUGAAAUCUUCCAUGGUCUAGAAGAAGAAACUAAAUGGGAUGAAGCUAUUAGAUUAUUGAUUCCAGCAGGAGAGGUUGCUCCGAGUUCCAUAUGGGGUCAGAAUUUGUUAGAAGAGACAUCAGAUAAGUCAAGAAAGAGAUCAAAAAUAUCGAAUGUCUCCGCCUUGAUGCUUAGCUGCCGUACAAUGCUUAUUACUUCAUACCCUGCUCAGGUGACGGUACCUGUUCGCUCAUUAUUGGCCCUUAUUAAGAGAGUGCUGAUGGUUGAUGGCUCAAUUCCACGUGCCUCAUCACCCUUUACAAUUGCAACAGAACAAGAAUUUAUUUGUUCUGAACUUCCAGUUAUGCAUUCAUAUAGUUUGGAACUUCUUACUUCAGUCAUAAAGGGUAUGCGCAGUCAAUUGCUGCCACAUGCUGCAUAUAUUGUGCGGCUUAUUAAAGAUUAUUUUGGGAGAUGCCAAUUAUCAGAGUUAAGGAUAAAAACCUACUCAAUCACAAAGAUGUUGCUGAUAUCCAUGGGUGUUGGGAUAGCAAUCUACCUUGCACAAGACGUUGUCAACAAUUCACUUCUUGACUUAAAUCCCAGCGUGGACCAUACAGUCUCUAUUGCAACCUUGAAGCCUUCUUCUGAUUCAAUGUCGCAGCCUUCUCACAGAAAAAGGAAGCAUGGGGCCCCUGGAUUUCAUGAGCAAAAUAAUGGCCAAAUUUCAGAAGUGGAAGCACCCAAAAGUCUACCUACAAAUUCAAUUUCUGUGAAGAUAGCAGCUCUUGGGACUUUGGAAGCUCUUUUAACAGUGGGUGGUGCUUUGAGAUCUGAAUCCUGGCGGUCAAAAGUGGAAAACCUUUUAAUAAGUAUGGCAUCAGAUUAUUGUAAAGAUGGAUGGGCUAGUGAUGAAAUCAACAUUUUCUUGUCGGAUGGACUUGCAUCAACGUAUGCAGAUUUGCAGCUUGCAGUUCUACGCGCCCUUUUGGCAUCUAUCCUUUCACCAUCUCAUGUGCGUCCUCCACAUUUAGCCCGAAGUCUUGAGCUUUUCUCCAGAGGAAGGCAAGAAACUGGAUCUGAACUUUCAGAGUUCUGCUCCCAUGCUCUCUUGGCCUUGGAGGUGCUUAUACACCCUCGGACGCUUCCAUUGGCAGACAUGACCCUCUCAAAUUCUUCUCAUGAAGUUGACCGUAGAUUCCCAGAGACUCUGUACUCCGGUGGUCAGAAUCACAACUUUCCAAAUUCAAAUGUAAUGCAAGAUAUAGGACAUGAAUCUCUUGAUUCAGAUGAUGAUCUCUAUGAAAAUUGGAUUGGUGAUAGCAAGGAAACUGAUACUACAGAUAAAAUUACAAGCAGUGAAAAGCCUUUUGAAAACUUAAAUGUUCAUCCGGCAGAAACGAUCUUUGGAGCGGGUUCAUCAGGUACCGAAGAGCCCCGGGAAAGGGAGCUGGAGUCUACAGUAGUAACUGUAGGAACCUUUAGUGAAGAUAUGAUAGUCGAAUCAGGACGAGUUAAAGAGUCCGUUCGUGCAGUGAAUAACGGAAGUGGCGUAUUAGUUUCUACAGGUAAUGAAAUGGGAGCAGUUGAGGUUGCCAUGGCAAAUAAAAGUGGUGAAGCUGCAUCAACUGCUGCAGGUGGAAGUGCGUACACAUCAUCCAGUGCUCUAAAAGGAAAGGAACCUGAUUCUGAUUCGGAUGAUGACUCGUCAGCUGGUUCCUUGCCUGAUAUUGUAGAAGCCGAUCCAGAUUCUGAUUAGAAGCUAGGCAAAUUAUUUUGUUGCAUCUUGAAGUCGCAGGGAGGUUGGUGAAAAUGCCUCUGUUUUGCAAAACACCAAAGAAGAUAUCUAAUGCAAAUUCUUUAUUUUCUCA